AUGUCUCAUCCGUUUUUUUUUUGUAUGAAACUCAUCGCUAAUUUGCAAGACGAGAAAACCCCCUACGGAACUAAAGGAGAUGCUACCCAGUAUGCACGAUGAUGACCACAACCGCCGCUCAAUGCGUUGUAACUAGCAGAACAGACCAACCCGAUACAUCCGAGUUCAAGUCCCCCCCACCCGUUUUUUUUUGUAGAACUUGUUCAUCAUAUUGCCCCCAGUUCAUGUUCCCCCUAUUUGGCCUAUGGAAAAACUAGAUGGAAGUCGACGAUGAUAACACAAACCGCCCGCAAGAUGCGAGAAACGGGCCGGUGUCCACCAAUCCGAUACUUGGGAUUCAAGUGCCCCAGCCAAGCGGUUGCUCCCCCCCAGGAGACUAAUGAGAGAGAGAAGGAGAGAGAGAGAGAAAGAGAAAGAGUAACACCCUUUUUAUUUUAUUUUACUGGGGCUCAUAAAUUGCAAUCCUUCGGGUUGGCUGGGACCGCUAGAAAAAGAGCUAAAAGAGGUUAUAAAGCAACGACGGCAAGCAAUUGGGUGAAAGUCAAACCCCUGCGCGCAAAGAGCGCUGCGCAGAUCAAAACCCGCCGAGCACCUAACGCGGACUCCAACGGGCGGUGA